AUGUCUGAUUAAAAAUCGUAGCUCAACAGGAAAUUACUUGAAUAGCAAUAUGACAUCAAUAAAUUAGAUAGCAUUUAAGAAUAAUAAAGCUAUAUUGAAGCAGAUUCUUUUUUCGGUUCUAGGAAGAUAGGAAAGAGCAGCAAUGAAGCUAGCCGCAAGCAAAGCAUAGGAAAUCCAAACAGUAAAAUUCCUAUUUUCAGCUUGAGAAAUCCUUUUGUCUUAGUAUUUGAGUUUUUCAUCUUUGUGAUCACUUAUUUGGUGUUCAUCAUUUAUAUAGUAGAGUCAUUUUAUGAAAUGACUGUCAUGCCUGAAGGAGCAGUAGAUUAAACAAUUAAAGGACUGAUAUUUUCUUGCUUUGUCUUACAAAUAAUCCUUAAGUUCAAUAUUAGCAUUAUAAUAAGAGGUAAAGAAAUAGCUGACAGAAGAGUUAUUAAAUUCAACUAUAUUAGAUAAAUUUAUAAUGGAAGAUUAUUUUGGGACUGCAUUAGCAUUCUAGGUCUACUUAUAGAUACUUUUAAUUUUAAUUUUUCUUACAAAUGGCUGACUUAUUUACUUUUUUACUCAAAGGCUGUUUUCAUGUGGGAGUUUGAUAUAUUUGCUCUACAAUUCUUACAGCUCAGAAGAAGAACUCUAGCAAUUUACAAGCUAUUUAGAUUGAUAAUGUUUAUUUAUUUUAAUGUAAAUUUAGCAGCUUGUAUCUUCUAUCAAGUAGGUAUUUAAACAUUAGAUAUUUAUGGUGCUAAUUGGAUUCAAGGUAUUCCUUACGCUAACAUUAAUGGAGAAAUCAAAUGGAUCUAUCUUUAUUCUAUCUAUUGGAGUUUUGCUACUAUGGCCACUGUAGCUUAUGGUGAUGUCACUCCUAAAAAUCCCAUUGAAACUAUCUAUGCAUGCUUUAUUAUGGCUGGAGCUACUCUACAGUUUGGUUACACAAUUAACCAAGUUAUAGAAAUUAUUUCAAACAUAACACAAGGCAAAGAAAAAGUAGAAAAACAAAUCACAGCUAUAUAAAGAUAUAUGAGAAAUAAAAAUGUAAAUCAAGAAUUAAGAUACAGAGUCGUUCACUAUGUUGAAUAUCAAUUGAUGGAAGACAAAGAAAGAGAUUUAGACACAGAAUAGCAUAUAAUAGGAAUGUUACCUCCUAAUUUAAGAGCAGAGCUCUUUUAUGAAAUUAAUGGCUACUUCUUUAAAAAUUUUGAUUGGACUUACAAAUUUUCUGAUUAAUUCAUUAGUGCUUUGUGCUAUGAAAUAGAAGAAGUUAAUAUCAUGGAACAAACUGUACUUUAUGAGCCCUCCUAUGUAGAAAGCGAGGAUGACAUUAGCUUAUUUUAUGUUGCCAAGGGUUAAAUAGAAGUUAAAGUUGAUUUACCUUAAUUCAAUAAAGGUUAAGGUAUUAAGCUACAUGUAGUAACUGAAAAUAAUUUUAUUGGGUUAUAUCCAUUCGUUACUGGCACUCUUAUUAAAGAAGUCUUAUUCUGCAAAACAGCAGUUCGAGUUUUUAUUAUCAGAAGAUAAAAGUUCUUGGAUACAAUUAAAAACUUUGACUAAGAUUAUAAACUUUGGAGUAUUUACUAAAACAGAAUUAUCUAAGAGAGAAGAUAUGAAGAAUUUGGUUUAUAUUGCUACAAUUGCUUAACUACAGAUCAUAUUAUAGAGGAGUGUGAUUUAAUGAGUAGAAAGAAAACUAUGUUAGACAAAAGACAAUAAAAUGUACCACAAAUCAGGGUGACAACUACAACUCAAAGAAAUACUUCCUUCAAAAAUAAAUAAACUGCUGGUUAGGAUCAUGUCAGCUCUUCAUAGCUACAGUAAGAGCUAAAAAAAAGCUCCAGUAAUAUAAAUUAAGAUGACAAAAAAGUGCAAAUUUAAGAACUUAAUUAGAAUGAAAACAAUGAAGAAAUCAAGGAAUAAAUAGAAGACGAAGAAUCUAGUCCUACAAAAAUUAAAAAGGAUUCUAAAAAAUCUACAUAAAUGAAUAAUAAAAAUGAAGAUGAAAACAAUGAAAAUAUUGAUGAAUUAGAAAAAGAAAGAAUUAAAGCAAUUAGAUAAGGAAUGGGAUCAAAAAUUUAAUCUAAAGUUGCCAAUGAUAGUUUCAUUUAAUUUCAAGAAUAAAAUAUUAAUGAGCACAUAAAGCAUGAAAUAUAUAAUGAGGAUGAGCAUGAUAAAUGGACCUAAAGAGCAAAAAUAAAAGAAAGAAUAGAUAGAAAAUAAGCAUUUUAAUAAAAAAGAAUUCACGCCGAACAUGAUGACAUAGUUUACUAAAUUGUAAGUAGCAUUCAGAAUAUACUUACAUAAAAUAACAUGUAAAUUUUAUUUAUUUAUCUUAUUAAAUCGUUCAUAUAUUUUUGUUUUAAUUUUAAACUAAAGUGA